UUAUGCUAUUUUCUUGCUACAGGUGUAGAAUGAAACAAUGGAGACAGGAUUUGCCACCGACUUCCGUUAUAAUUACUUUCCACAAUGAAGCACGGUCUACACUACUCAGAACCGUCGUCAGUGUAUUGAACAGAAGUCCGGAACAUCUGAUCAAGGAAAUCAUUCUCGUGGACGAUUUCAGCGAUCAUCCCGAGGACGGCGAGGAGCUGUCGCGGAUCCACAAGGUUCGCGUGAUCAGAAACGAGAAAAGAGAGGGAUUGAUGAGGUCGCGAGUUCGAGGUGCGGACGCGGCCACCGCGAAUGUGUUGACAUUUUUGGAUUCCCAUUGCGAAUGCAACGCCGACUGGCUCGAACCCCUUCUGGAAAGGGUGGCCGAGGACCCGACCAGGGUGGUCUGUCCCGUAAUCGACGUAAUCAGUAUGGACACUUUCCAAUAUAUCGGAGCCUCCGCCGAUCUCAGGGGUGGUUUUGAUUGGAGUCUCGUCUUCAAAUGGGAGUAUCUCAGCCAGAUAGAACGACAGGCGAGGCAAAAGGACCCGACGCAGGCCAUUAGGACCCCUAUGAUUGCCGGCGGAUUGUUUGUCAUCAACAAAGGGUAUUUUGAGAAACUCGGCAAAUACGAUACUCAGAUGGACGUUUGGGGCGGCGAGAAUCUAGAAAUAUCGUUCCGCGUGUGGCAAUGCGGUGGCAGCUUAGAGAUUAUUCCGUGCUCACGUGUCGGCCAUGUAUUCCGCAAACGUCAUCCUUACUCGUUCCCUGGAGGCAGCGGAAACGUGUUUGCCCGAAACACGAGGCGCGCCGCCGAAGUAUGGAUGGACGACUACAAGCAGUUCUACUAUAACGCCGUGCCGUUGGCACGAAACAUCCCUUACGGAAAUAUCCAAGACAGGAUGGAGCUAAAACGAAGGCUGCAUUGCAAGCCUUUCAGCUGGUAUCUGAAACACGUUUACCCCGAAUUAGUCAUACCUACGAGCGAGGGUGGACCCGGUGGUUCCUUGAAACAAGGCACAGCCUGUCUAGACAGCAUGGGUCAUCUUCUCGACGGAAACGUGGGUCUCUACCCUUGUCACAACACCGGCGGCAACCAGGAGUGGGGCCUCACCAAGGACGGCCUGAUCAAGCACCACGACCUCUGCCUGACCUUGCCGGUGUACGCCAAGGGCACGACGCUGCUGAUGCAGAUCUGCGACGGCAGCGAGAACCAGAAGUGGCGGCACUUGGAGGGCGGCCUGAUACGUCACACGAGAAUACCCGUGUGCGUGGACUCGCGGUAUCACGCGCAACGCGGUAUCACGGCCGAGAAGUGCGACUCGAACGCGGACACGCAAAGGUGGCAUCUCUACAAUCACAAUCACUAGCUGAUAUGGUUGCGGUGAACACCCAUCAUUCAACCGCAGGACUCUCAUUCGUCGUCGUCGCGCGACUCGAUCAUCGAGAUCAUUUUAAGCGAGGCGGACCGCAUCGGAGAGACGCUAUUACUUAAUUAGGGACUUUUGACUCUUGUCCGAUCGAUUUAGGGCGGAUCUUACUUAUCCUAGACCGUUGCGUCUUUGUAGCUUGUGGCUCUUCUCGUGAUCUCCCUACAUGGUUCGGAAGGAAGAGCCUAUCUUGUUUGCAAAUCGCGAAUGCCCGAUGCAGUUUGUCUCAUAAAGUUUAGACGAGAGUGUAUUUGGAUAAUUCUUCCCUCUCUGCGGGGAAUCGCUUAAUAAUGUUAUAAGAAAAUGAUAUAACGUAAGACGGGAUAAUUUCGCAGAAAAAAAGUGAAAAAUGUUUUAAGACUGCUUGGUGUAUAUGAUAUACAUACUAUAAUCAAUAUAAGCUUCGAUUUUAACCCCUUGAGUGUCAGGCAAAAAAAAAACGCAUGUGUGCGAAGGAUGCUAUCAAUGACAUUAAAUUUAGAAAUAUAAAAUAAGUCAUUUUUCCGGGGUUUUUUGUGGUGCCGAUCAGAAUCCAAGGUCGGAAUUCCAAAAUUCAAAAUGGCGGAUAAUAACUUCAAACAUUUUUUCAAUUCCCUGUAUUGCUAAUUAUCGGUUUAAUUUUAGAUUUUCAGUAUGAAAAAUGUUUUAUCUGAUACAUUGAAC